GUCCUCAGGCGAGGAGUCCUCAGGCGAGGAGUCUUCCGGCGAGGAGUCAUCAGGCGAGGCCUCAUCCGGCAUGGGAGGAUCUGACGAGGAUAGUAUUCCUCCGCCUACUGUUGAUGCUGAUGUCCUGCCGCCAGAGCAGGGGGCACAGGGUGGCGAGGAGGACCUGAUCCAGAGGUUGCCGCCGUUUCCGGGGGGGCCUGUUGAGCUAUCGCUCCUCACCCAUUAUGCUGAUCACAAGGCUCCUUGGGCGUGGCAUGCACUCCUACGCACAGACGAGCGGUAUGUGGACCGUCGACAGUUGAAGGUGGCCACAGCUGGGGGGAAGGUUUGGAACCUUGCUUGUGAUGGUGAUUCAGACAGUCACAGGCGGGUUCGAGAGUUGAUUGAGCAGACGGGUCUUCAUCAGCUACCCUAUUGCAGCUACCCGGUGACAGAUGCAGGCCUUAUUUUGGCCCUUGUGGAGCGAUGGCAUGAGGAGACUAGUAGCUUCCACAUGCCGUUUGGGGAGAUGACUAUCACCUUGGACGACGUGUCGGCUCUUCUCCAUCUCCCCAUGGGGUCGAGGUUCUAUACGCCUGGGAGGGGGGAGAGGGACGAGUGUGCAGCGCUCUGUGCUCAGUUGAUGGGAGGAUCUGUUGGUAUUUAUGAGGCUGAGUUUGAUACGAAUAGGUCCCAGACUAUUCGCUUUGGGGUCUUGCAGACCCGGUAUGAGGCUGCGUUGGCGGAGCACCGAUAUGAGGACGCUGCACGGAUUUGGCUGGUGAACCAGCUAGGCGCCACGCUCUUUGCUAGCAAGAGCGGAGGCUACCAUACGACCGUCUACUGGAUAGGGAUGUUGGAGGAUCUUGGUCGAGUGUGCGAGUACGCGUGGGGCGCGAUUGCGCUCGCUACGCUAUACGACCAGCUUAGUCGAGCGUCCAGGAAGGGGACGGCCCAGAUGGGAGGUUUUAGCUCGCUCCUGCUAGGAUGGGUCUACGAGUACCUUUCUGACCGCGUCAUUAUCCGUAGGGCGGAUCCGGAGUACUCGCAGGACCAGCCUAGGGCGCGGCGGUGGGCUAUGUCCCGGGUCGGGCAUGCAGGCCUUGAUGAGAGGCGAGUCAUGCUCGAUGAGCUGACGGUGGAUGACGUUAUAUGGACCCCAUUUGAGGACCAUCGGGCUCAUCGACCACGGGAUCCGAGGGCCAUGUAUUCUGGCUACAUCCGGUCGCCAUUUGGCCGUGUUGUUCGACGGCAUCUACCAGAGAGGGUUCUGCGCCAGUUUGGCUUCAUACAGGAUGUCCCUCGACACCCCUCUGAGAUCCAGACGUCUGGGUCCCUUGCUGAGACCGCAGAUGCUGCCUUUGCUGAGUUUGCGCCGCACCUCCGCCCUCAGGGGAUCCCCGCUACAUAUCCGGGAGAGGCUGUGGAGGAUUACAUGAGGUGGUACAGCGCUGUGUCCCAUCGGUUCAUCAUCCCUGAUGAUAGGAGGGAGGAGUUCAGUGCGGUGACUGUUAUGCGUCGGGCCGUGGACUUGUUGGAGCAGUCACUCGAGGUGCCAGAUGCUCCUGCAGAGGGCACGCAUUCCCGAUCCCUCACUGAGAGGGCGCUGGAUCUUAUUAGAUCCAAUGCCUUCAUUGGUACCCAGGGGGUAGCCUUUGCUGCUGUCCGAGGAGCUAGAGCUGCAGGAGGCAGAGGUCGUGGAGACAGAGCGCGUGGAGGCAGAGGCCGUGGAGGCAGAGCCCGUGGAGAGGGUGCUCCUGCAGAGGGUGCUCUUGCAGAGGGUGCGCGUGGAGGCAGAGGCCGUGGAGGCAGAGCCCGUGGACCUAGAGGUCGUAGAGGGGCCGGUAGGGGUCGGGGCGAGUGAUUGACUGUAUAUUUG